UUUCAGAUGAAGACUAGGACACUUUUUGUUUUGCUCUUUUGCUUUUUACUUUUGGUGGAUUUGAGCGAUUCUUGGCGUCGUCGUCGCCGCCGUCGCCGCCGCCGUGCUUAUGUAGCCAGACGUCGUUACACUGUUAGACGCCGAACACUCUAUUCUCACCUAAAGGGAUACGUCAAGAAAAGAUGUGGUUUUGGUGACCAAAUAAAUCCAGCAAACGAAGAACCAGCAAUCGAACAAGACGAAGUUCAAGAAAACGAAGAAUAUGAACAUGCUGCAAGCAAUGAUGACGUUCUUACAACCUUUGACGCUCCAUUGUUUACCAACAAAGAAUAAACUUUCAUCACAGAAUGUCUUUCUACGUUACUUCAAUAUAAUAAACUAAUCAUACCAUAAUAUUUUCUCGUUCUAUAAACUAUACGGGGAAACUGUAUGAAUAUUAAGCAUAAACUAAAUACUGCA